AUGACAUCCUCUGCAAACGUGUUCGGCGAGAAGGCUUCGGUUCUUGCUUCCGUUAUUCUGACACUGAUUGGUCUAGGAUUAAGCAUUGCUGCUAUACUAUUACCUUCAUGGCAGGUUGUUAAUUUACGAGAAUACAACUCAAUCCACGAGCACGGCCUAUGGCUGGAUUGUACAAGGCACAGCAGGGAUAGCAACGCCAACGUACUUUUGAGAAGAUAUGCGACAAUUACCGAACCAUUACACUGCGUUUACAAAUUCGACUACGACAAAUAUUCGGGUACCUUUGAUCUGGAAGACGACAACAGCCCUGUUGGGGAAGUUAACAGACACAAAUUCUAUGGUUGGCACACAGCAACCCUUAUUCUGCUGGCUCUGGCACUUCUCACAUCGUUCUUGGCUAUAUGUCUUGGCCUCUGUGCAUGUUGCUACAAUUCUCUGGCGUUAAUUUUUACUGUUGUUACAUUACUAACAAGUAUGUCUUGCCCAUUUAUGAAAAUUUUACUGUUUGUUCGUUGUAUUCCUGAAAAGCACCAAACGGGAUUUGCAAGAAGUGUGAUUUCAGCAUUUUUAUCAGUCAUAGCCGAGGGACUAUUCUUCUUUUAUUCGCAUCGUGCUGAUAAUCGUUUUAUAAAAGGCAUCGUCGGCACAUAUGAGCAACGUGUUGGACUGGCAUUCUUCCUGCAGAUGGUGGCAUGUGCAUGCCAUUUUAGUGCAUUUUUGGUAUCACUGCUAUUUUCAUAUUUUACACUGGCUGGUAAAAGUAGUGCCAGUGAUCGGUAUAGCUUUAGUCGAGGAUCAAAGCUGAACGUUGCUAGUACAGGAAGGUCGUUGGAAUUUGAACCACAGAUUAUCUACCAGCAAAAUGUGGCACCAGGAGGAAACCGACCGCCGUAUUAUACAAAGCAUCAAGAGCAGUACGACAAAAACAUCGCUGAAAGUAUGCCAGAACUGGGUUCACGACAGCUCUCUGCAGAAAUCAUUGGCCAGAGGAUAAGGCGGAAAAGCGAAACUUGUGUCUAA